AUGAAUGACAAUAGUAUUUCUGUUGAAAAAAUCAUGAAUUUCUUCAAAUUGAAUUUAGAAGGAUUAGUCAAAAUAUUCACAACAUUUUUGUUGUAUAAUGAUAAGAUUCUUACAACAACUUUAGUUGAUUAUGACUAUAAUAUUUUGGAUAAAUCAACUCCUCCUAAAUCCGCAAAAUUAUUCCAAUACAAGACAGCUAUUGACAGAAUCGUUGAUUAUCUUGAAAAUAGUCAUAAAAUUGACGAAUUCACAGAAAUAUACUUCAACAUGCUUAUCGAGAGAUUCAACAAUGUUCACUUCCAUUCUGCAAUUGAUUUGCAUCCAUCUGCUGUUGUUUUGAAUCCUAAGCUGUUCAAAUCACAUAAAAUCAUGAUUUCAAGACCAGAUGUCACUGCAUGGAUUGCAGUAAGAGGUUGUUUGGAUCCAACAAAUGAAAUAAUCUGUAAAAUUAAUGACGAAGUUUUAUCAAAUAAUGUUUUGAUAUUGAAUACUAACAAACUCACAAUUCAAAAUAUAUCUGAUCAAUCUUAUAUUGUUUUGAUCCCAUUCAAUGAAAUGUCAAAUGAAAGUUUAAUUGGAACAUUUAUUGAUUUGGCAACAUCAUUCAAAUAUUUUGUCAGAUUCAUCAGUUCACAUAUGUCUGCAAUCAAACCAGAAUCCCUCCAGAUGUACAGGCAAAAACUUUAUGUUUCCGUUUUUGAUUCUAUAAUUGGAAACUCAAGCUAUUUCAACACAUUUGGAAACCGUGUUUUAACAUUCUUAACUAAGAAUUUGCCAGUUUUGUAUUUCGACAUUACUGGUGAAUUUUUGCAGAGACUCAAUUAUAUUAUCAAAUGGAAUGCAACACAUUCUAAAGUAUUCACUAACAUCAUCAAAGAAAUUGAAGGAUUAUUGAGAGAUCGAAUAUUUGGUGCCGUAAAGAGUUUCUUCCCUGAAUUCUCAGAUAAGUCUGAAUCUGACUUUCUAAAGAGUUUUCAAGGUUACACAAAACUUAUUUUACCUUCACAAGAGGAAACAAUUCCUUUCACGAUCACAGAAAAAUCACAACUUGACAAGAUCCUUAACUAUUGUAAGAGAUUAUUAUUGGCGCAAGAUAUGAAGUCAUUCCCAUUCUAUUGUCUACUUCAUUUUUGGGCAAUAGCAGCAAUGAAACUUCCAUGUUUUGAUCGCAGAAUCCUUGAUAAUGGAAAAACACUUCAGAUCAAGUUCCGAUACUAUAUUCCUAAGAAGUUCCAUUUCGUUUUCAAGCAAAGCAAUGCAAAAUAUGAAUAUCUUUGCUCAAUAACGAAAGAUGGCAACAAAGUCAAAUGGACAGAUGAAAUCGAAACAGCAAAUCACAACGAAUUCUUCAUCAAUCUCGGAAAUGAUGCCAGUUGGUCAAUGUUAGAAUUCACAAUCGAAUCAGAUGAAACAAUGGAUGCAGGUGAUUUCAUCUUGCAAUACAGAGAUUACUUAGUUUCUGAUAUGAAGAUGAUUUGUGAAAGAUGGAAUAAGAACUUCGACAUGGCAAUUUUGAAGUGUAUUCCAUCAACAACAUUCGAGAGCAAAGAAAUCGAAUUGAACUUCAAUCCAAAGAUUUUCGCGAAUAAUCCUAAACUCACAGGAUUUCCUUUGGCUCUUUUAUAUUGUCGUUCUAUUCCACUGUUGAUUGUUAACUGGAUGAAGAACCACAAUUUCAUCGCGGACAGUGAAGUAUUCAACGACUUCAUUACUCCUGUUUUCAAGUUGAAUUCAUUCCUUCAAAUUGUCAGUGCCAAUAGUAGGCUAGAAGUUCCUAACCUCAAAAUCAACCGUGAAAAUGCACGUAAAUUAAGAGAAGGAUUGGUCAAAGACGUAAAAUUCUCAAUCAUUUCCCAAAUACGGAAACAAAUUAAAAUAUCCAAUUUGAAGAAUGAAUCAGAUCAGCCAUGGAAAGUCAAAUUCGCCGGAGAAAAUGGCUUGGACAUGGGUGGUUUGGCAAGAGAAUUAGUUUCCGAAGUUAGUUUAGACUUAAGAAAUCCAAACUGUGGAUUUGUUUGUCCAACACCAAAUUCCAUUUCUCAAGUUGGUUAUUACAGAGAUAAAUUCAUCUUUGUUCCAACAAAUAAUGAACUGAGAAGCAACAAGAAACUCUACAAAUCCAUUGGUGGUUUGUUGUUGUUGAUUAUCAGGACAGGAUUAGUACAAGAGUUUGACUUUGCACCAGUUGUUUGGCGAUUCUUGGUUUCUAACAAAGUUUCUAUCGAAGACAUCUAUGAGAUUGAUGUCAACUAUAAGAAUACCAUUGAAAGUCUUAAGGAUGCAAUCAACAGCAGAAUCAGUGAAGAUGAAUUUAACAAACAGUUCAAUCUUUAUUUCGUUGUCAAAGACUCAUUAGGUCAAGACCACUCACUUAACCAAAAUGGAACAUCAUGUAAAGUCAGUAUCUCUAAUGCAAAUGAAUACAUUGCACUGUCAAAUGAGUUCAGGAUCAAGGAACUCCAGAAAUACCUUAAUUGGGUGAGAAUUGGCUUCUUAAAGAACAUCAAAGAAGGCAUUCCAAAUUCACUGGAUCCAGACACACUUGAAUUCAGUUGCUGUGGUGAUCCAGAAUGUUCAUAUGAAAACUUAGUUAAAAUUGUUCGUUUUGAGGAAAUUUCAGAAGACCAACAAAGUAUUUUCUUCAAAGUUAUACAGAAAUUCACGCCAGAACAAAGAGCAUGUCUUAUCAAGUUCGCAACAGGAAGAUCGAGAUUACCUCCUUCUGGCUCAUCAAAUCAGUUCAAAUUUACAGUUGAUUCUAAUGGCGCACAGAUUGACAAACUCCCAACUUCAUCUACAUGUUUCCACACCUUGCACAUGCCACGAUACACAUCAUUUGAUAACGCAUACAAGAUGAUUUCAAUUGCAGUUGAAAAUACUGAAUCAUUUGAAAAUACUUAA